AUGACGAAUUGGAAGUCCGGAGCUUGCUUUAUGCUGGCCGCGGGCCGGGCUGUUGCUGCCGGACUUGGUCUGCAACAUCUUGCGGGCCACGAGGCUUGGAACGCGCUGCAAUCGGCUGCCCGGGCGGAGUCAGAGUCUCAGGUGGACAUUGCCUCGGCUGCUUUUGCGGAGCAGUACCCAGAGUACAACCUCUCCGUUCCUAUUGACCACUUCCACAACGACUCGCGGUACGAGCCGCACUCGGACGAGUAUUUCGAUCUUCGGUACUGGUUCGAUGCGAAGCACUACCGCAAGGGAGGCCCUGUGAUCAUCCUCGCGGCCGGAGAGACGGACGCCAAGGAGCGUCUGCCGUUCCUCGACCACGGCAUCCUUUCCAUUCUUGCCAAGGCCACCGGUGGCGUCGGUGUCGUUCUUGAACAUCGCUACUAUGGCAAGAGUUUCCCUGUGCCCGAUCUCAGCACCAAGAACCUCCGCUUCUUGAGCACCGACCAGGCCCUCGCCGAUACGGCCUACUUUGCGAAGCACAUCAGCUUCCCUGGUCACGAGGACCUGAACCUUACUGCCCCUGGAACGCCCUACCUUGCUUAUGGAGGCUCGUACGCUGGAGCCUUUGCCGCGUUCCUCAGAAAACUGUAUCCCGAGGUCUUCUGGGGUGGCAUCUCCUCGUCGGGUGUCACGGCAGCUAUCAUCGAUUACUGGGAGUACUACGAAGGUGCCAGGCUCUUUUCGCCAGGUGACUGCGCCGAGACCACCCAGAAGCUUACCGAGGUUGUCGACAAGAUCUUGCUUGGAAAGUCUGAUUCUGACAAGAGCCAGCUCAAGGAUCUCUUCGGCCUGGGCCCUCUUAAAGAUGAUGAUUUCGCUAGCACCUUGUCGUACGGUAUUUCGGGACUGCAGUCGACCAACUGGGACCCUGCCCAGGAUACCACUGCUUUUGGAACGUACUGCGCCACUGUCAGCUCAGACAGUGUUCUCUUUGGCAGCACCCGCCACUUGAAGUCGUCGGUGGACGAGUUGCUCUCCGCCAGUGGCUCAGACGCCAAGUUGACGAAUCGCAUGCUCAACUACGUCGGUUAUGUGAAGGACUACGUUAAGAAGGGUUGCAAGAGUGGAGACUUGGUUAAGUGCUUCUCGGGCCGCAACAGUGAAGAACACCAAAAUACCUCUAUUCGUCAAGGUCCUGGCCGCAGCUGGAUCUAUCAGGUCUGCACAGAAUGGGGUUACUUCCAGACCGGAUCGGGUGUGCCCGACGACGAGCUUCCCCUCAUCUCGCGCCUCAUCAACGUCGACUACAGCUCCAUCUACUGCCGCGAAGCUUUCAACAUCACUGAGCCCCCCAACGUGGACGCCAUCAACAAGCACGGCGGCUUCAACUUUAGCUACCCACGCGUGGCGAUCGUCGAUGGCGAAGCCGAUCCCUGGAGAGCUGCCACACCCCACAAAAUUGGCCUGAACCGCAAAUCGACGACCAGCGAGCCCUUCCUUCUCAUCGAUCUGGGUGUUCAUCACUGGGACGAGAACAGCUUGAAGCCGGAAGAGGUCACGCCGGACUUCCCGCCUGCUUCUAUCACGAACGUUCAGGCCCAGGAGGUCGAGUUUGUCAAGGCUUGGAUGAAGGAGUGGGAGGAGUCGCGGAGCCAGGACAGCGCCAAAGGAGGUAUGUUUUCUAACGGUCAUGUAUCAUUCGGUAAGCUGACGAGAGCAAAAGAAGUGUCCGAGGAGCUUUAG